AUGGUUAUUUGUCAUUCAGGGGACCGUGAUAAGCUUCCAAAAGGAACCCCGGCAUUCCGUGAUCACCACAGGAAAUCACUUACUCGGGCUCAUCCAGAUCGGGGGGAGCAGCUCACCCCCAUGGCGGCCCCCACCGUGUCACGCAUUGACGGCACUGUGGACAACCCGCCGUGUCUAAAGCUGACCCACCGGACUUUUGGCUCCCAGAACGCCAUCAUAGAGCUGCUCUUCUUGCGCCUCAGCAUGCCCGUGGAGUUCCACGAGAAAUUCAAGAUCACCGCUGGCACGACGCCUCUCACCCGCGCCCUCACCAUCCCCGAGGACGACGUCAAGGAGGUCGACCUCGACUCGGAAUUCGAGCAGCUGAAGAAAACCGCCAGCCGCAAAGAGGCCGAGGAGGCUGAGAAGGAGAAACAGGGGCCCCCUCCUCCUGGCACCCCCAAAGAGCCCCCUAAAGAGGCCCCCAAAAUUGAGAAUGAAAAGGAUGCCUCCACAGAAAAGAGCAAGACCAAGCGAGGCUUCCUGUUCAAAGCAAAGAAAGCCACCACGUUCAUCACGCCAGCUCCGGUGGUCCCCACGGUGCCUCGCUUGGAAGAGGAAGUGGUUCCAGAUGACCGAGAUGAUCCUGAGAUCAUUAUGAACACAACAACGUAUUACUAUUCAGUCCGGAUCUUCGCAGGCCAAGAGCCAACCUGCGUCUGGGUGGGCUGGGUCACGCCCGACUACCACCAGCAUGACAUGAAUUUUGACCUGACCAAGGUGCGCAACGUCACGGUCACCAUGGGUGAUGACAAAGGAAAUAUCCAUGACAGCAUCAAGCGAAGCAACUGCUAUAUGGUCUGGGGAGGGGAUUUUGUCAGCAAUACCCAGCAGACCCGCGUCAGCACUGUGGACCUGGUGAUUGGCUGUCUUGUUGACCUGGCGACAGGACUGAUGACCUUCACAGCCAAUGGGAAGGAGGUCAACACAUUCUUCCAGGUGGAGCCAAACACAAAGCUGUUUCCUGCCGUCUUCACUCUCCCAACAAGCCAGAACGUGAUCCAGUUUGAACUGGGCAAGCUGAAGAACAUCAUGCCGAUUUCGGCCGCCAUGUUCCGCAGCGAGCGGAAGAACCCAGAGCCUCAAAGCCCGCCAAGGCUCAACAUACAGAUGCUGACGCCCAUGACCUGGAGCCGCAUGCCAAGCGACUUCCUAUGUUUAGACGUGGGGCGUGUCAGUGACCGACACGGCUGGAUGGUAGAGUGUACUGAACCGAACAUCAUGAUGGCCCUUCACAUCCCCGAAGAGAGUCGGUGCAUCGACAUCCUGGAGCUGUCUGAACGGUUGGACCUCCUGAAGUUCCACUCGCACACCUUGAAGCUGUAUUGCGCCGUCUGUGCCCUGGGUAACAACCGGGUGGCGCACGCCCUGUGCAGCCACGUGGACGAGUCGCAGUUGCUGUACACCAUCGACAGCAACCAUCUGCCGGGCCUGCUGCGCAGCGGCUAUUACGACCUGCUGAUCAGCAUGCACCUGGAGUCAGCCAAACGCGGCCGCCUCAUGAUGAACAACGAGUACAUUGUCCCCAUGACGGAGGAGACCAAGAGUAUCACCCUUUUCCCACAUGGCAGCAAGAAGCCGGGCUUACCCGGCGUGGGCAUGAGCGCCUGUUUACGCCCUCCGCUACACUUUUCCGACAUCUGUUUCAUCAGCACCAACUCCGAGCUGUACCAGCAGAGCCCGUUUAUCCCCUUGGAAAUCCUGAAGGUGAAAGCCGUCACCAUGCUGACCGAGGCUGUCCAAGAUGGCGGGCAGCACACCCGGGACCCUGUGGGAGGCAGCGUGGAGUUCCAGUUCGUGCCGGUCCUCAAGCUGAUCUGCACCCUCCUCAUCAUGGCUGUCUUCGAGGACGAGGACGUCCGCCACAUCCUCAAGAUGAUCGAGCCCAACGUGUUUAGCGAGUCGAAAGAGGAGGAGGCAGCCGAGGCUGGCGAAGAGGGGGGUGAAGAAGGCGAAGGAGAGGUGCCUGAGGAGGAGGAGGAGGAGGAGGAGGAGGAAGCACUAGAGGAAGAGGAAGAAGAAGGGGCAGAGAAAGAGGCAGGAGGGGGACAGAAGGAGGAGGCCGAGGAAGGAGACAAGAGGGAGCUGAAAGCCAUCGAGGCUGGGGAGGUGGAGGCCAAGGAAGAUGAGGAAGGAUUGGAGGAAGGCCUGUUGCAGAUGACCCUUCCCGAGUCUGUCAAGUUGCAGAUGUGCAACCUGCUGCAGUUUUUCUGCGACCGCGAGCUGCAGCACCGCGUGGAGGCCAUCAUCGCCUUCUCGGAGUUGUACAUGGAGAACCUGCAGACCAACCAGAGGCAGCGCUAUAACACCCUGAUGCUGGCGUUCACCAUGUCGGCCGCGGAGACGGCUCGCCGCACCCGGGAAUUCCGCUCGCCUCCACAGGAGCAGAUAAACAUGCUCCUGCAUUUUAAGAACGGUGCUGACGAGGAGGAAUGCCCGGUGCCUGAAGAAAUCCGGGACGAGCUGCUGGAAUUCCACGCUGACUUGCUGUCUCACUGCGGCAUCCAAGCGGAGGGCGAAGAGGAAGAGCAGACAGAAGACCAGUCUUUCCACCGGCGGCUGAUGAGUUUAGUGGAUAAAGUGAUGAGCUUUCGCAAGAAGGAGGAGCCAGAAGAGGAACAGACCCCCGAGGAGGAGCCAAUGCCUACCACGCUGCAAGAGUUGAUCUCGCACACCAUGGUCCACUGGGCCCAAGAAUCCUUCAUCCAGAGCCCGGAGCUGGUGCGAGUCAUGUUCAGCCUCCUCCACCGGCAGUACGACGGCCUCGGGGAAUUGAUCCGCGCCCUGCCCAAAGCGUACACGAUCAACGCCAACUCCGUGGAAGACACCAUGAACUUGCUGGAAUCCCUGGGUCAGAUCCGGUCGCUGCUCAUCGUCCAGAUGGGACCUGAGGAAGAGAAUCUGAUGAUACUGAGUAUCGGGUGGGUGCUUCCCUCCCACUGA